UGACAUAAAACGACACAGCUCCGACCAUGCUUUCGAUUUGACUCGAAUAAAAAGCUGAGCUGCAGAGAGCAUUUAUUCACUGUCUCCUCCUGGGCACAGCAGCACGUCUGGUUUCUGUUUACUGAGUCAGUCAGCACCAUGUCUCCAGACCGUUUCAUCUGUUGCUUCUUAUCUGUUGUGUUUCUACUGUUCAUCGUCUUGCCUGCCAGUGGAUAUGAAGAUCCUAUUUAUAAAUGUCUUCAAGACAAUGACUAUGAUGAACUUCUCAAGAUAAUCAACAAAGGCCUUCCACCAGCAAAGACCCCUCAUCGUGUGGCCAUCAUUGGUGGGGGCAUUGCUGGACUUACUGCAGCUAAGUACCUAGAGGAUGCUGGGCAUAAGGUUACACUCAUAGAAGCAAGUGGUCGAAUUGGUGGGAGAAUUACAACAUACAGGAAUAAAGAAGAGGACUGGUAUGCAGAAUUCGGUGCCAUGAGGAUCCCAAGCUUCCACUGGAUUCUCCGAAAUUUCACAGCAAAGCUGGGUCUGAAACUGAACAAAUUUAUUGAAGAAGACAUAAACACUUACUAUUACGUCAAUGGCCUCCUUCACAGAACCUACAAAGUGAAACAGAAUCCUGAUGUGCUAAACUACUCCGUAAGUGAUCAGGAGAAAGGAAAAUCAGCCAGCGAACUUUUCAACCAAUCCUUGUGGAAGAUAAGAGAGUAUCUGAAGUCACAUGACUGUGAAACAAUGUUAAAAAAGUAUGAUGCAUACUCCCUCAAGGAGUAUUUGGUGAACGAGGUUAACAUGAGUAAAGGAGCCUUGUGCAUGAUUGGAGACAUCCUGAAUGAGAACAGCUUCUACUACAUUUCUCUCUUGGAGAGUCUUUACCUGCAGGCUGAUGUAAACGAUGAAACAACAUAUUUGGAAAUCACAGGAGGCUUUGAUCAAUUACCCUUAAAGUUUUAUGAUAUCCUCAAUGCCACAAUCCUCCUCAACUCCAAAGUCCUAGGCAUCAGUCAAACAGAUAUCAACGUGACCGUGUUUUAUGAAGAAAAGCACAGCUCGCUUUUGACCCAGCAAACAUUUGACUACGUCUUGGUGACGGCUACGGCCAAAGCAACUCUAUUUAUCAACUUCCAGCCUCCUCUCCAACACUGGAAGCUUGAGGCCCUGCGCUCAGUGCACUACGCUAGCUCCACUAAGGUUGUGCUAAGCUUUAGCCGUAGGUUCUGGGAGGAAGAAAAUAUUUUUGGGGGUAGGAGCAUUACAGAUUUGCCCUCACGCUUCAUCUACUACCCCAGCCAUAGUUUCAAUGGAAAAGGAGGAGCUCUUUUAGCCUCCUACACCAUCUCGGACGAGGCGGCGCUCUUCCAUGGAAUGUCCGACGACGACCUGAAGCUAGUAGUGCUGAACGACUUGAUUAAGAUCCACGGAGUGUACAUUCAGGAUCUUUACACUGGAGGUGUUGUGAAGAAGUGGGGGUCAGAUCCUUACAGCCUUGGAGCUUUUGCUAUCUUCACCCCAUACCAAAAAACCUACUAUGGCGAAAAUCUGGCUAAGAAUGACGGUCGGAUUUAUUUUGCUGGAGAACAUGUCAACAUGCCUCAUGCUUGGAUUGAGGGUUCUAUGAAAUCUGCCCUCAGAGCAGCUACAAACAUAAACAAAGCUGAAUAACAAGAAACUGAGCAAAUUUUAAUUGUAAUUUUUUUUUUACUUUAAUAUAUACACCAAAUGUCUUUGGAUUUCUCACCCACAUCUUUGUACCUGCAAUAUCAAACUGAGUAUCUUAUAUAUAUAUAUAUAUAUAUAUCUUUUUAACUUAAAUGUAAAUGUAUGGAGUUAUCUUAAUACUGAAUUAUUAGCUUAACAUUCUGAACUUAAGAUUUUAACUGUUGGUCUUAUAAUGAAUCUGAAUAUUGUUUCUUGUCACAUUUUUUUCCACCUGUUUAAAAUUAUUUUGAGGGAUUUGAUGGUUAUUCUGGUUCCCAUAGAUAUCUACACCUAGAUGUCGCAUUCGCUACGGCAGUUCAUUGGAACGAAUGCGUCAAUAGAGCCACCAUCUUGGAACAGGGGACCCCCUCCUCUUUAAUGCAUCAGCGUCAAUGUAGGCAAAGGUCUUACGGAAAUAAAAUCACCAUAAAGCGUCA